AUGACCAGAAUCCACAUCCUCGGCCUAGGCAGCAUCGGCACCUUCGCCGCCCACUGUCUCUCGCAACUCCCCAAUGCGCCCGCCCGAACCCUCCUCUUCCAUCGUGCUUCGCUACUAGACGCAUACAAGGCCAAUAAGGAACGAAUCACACUGCAAACUACCGAUGGAGAGAGAAUAGCAUACACAGGCUACGAUGUCGAAGUCUACAAACAAAAUAAAUGGUUUCACAACGACAACGGCAGCGAAACACCCACGACAGAAACGAUCAAAAACCUCAUCGUCAGCGUAAAAGCCACACAAACGGUUUCUGCCCUCGAGCCGCUUAAACACCGUCUGACUCCGAAAUCGACGAUACUCUUCCUGCAGAAUGGAUGCGGGAUGAUUGAUGAGGUGAAUGGGGCGUUGUUUCCUGAUCCUGCGAAGAGGCCAAAGUAUAUCGUUGGUGUGAUUUCGCAUGGCGUUACGCUCAACAGGCCGUUUGAUAUCACGCAUACGGGGUUUGCUGCUACAUCUUUGGGGCUGGUGCCGGGGGUAUAUUCAUCGAGAAAGGAUGGUCAGGAAGAGUACAUGUUGGAGAAUCUGCCAUUGUCGAGUCGACUGAAUGCAAAGGCAUACGCGUAUACAGAGGUACUGCAGAUUCAACUGGAAAAACUAGCCGUGAAUGCAUUCUGCAACCCGGUUUGCGCAAUCCAUGACGCGAAGAACGGUUUCCUAUUCACGCUUCCUGAGCUGCGCAGACGGAUAUUAUCUGAGAUAUCGGCGGUGGUGCUUGCGUUGCCGGAGCUCAAACAUGAUGAAGAGAGAGUCAAGGAAAGGUUUGGUGUUGAUCGGCUGGAAGAAACGGUUAAUGGCAUCUUGCGACGAACGGCAGAGACGACGUGCUCGAUGGUGUGGGAUUUGCGUGGCAAGAGAGAGACAGAAGUGAGGUUCAUCAAUGGGUAUUGGGUGAAGAGGGGGAGGGAGUUGGGGAUGGAGAUGCAGGUGAAUCGAGAGUUAGUCGAGGAGGUUGAAAGACGGUCUGUCUAUCUUCUAUAG